AUGUCCUGGAGAGCUCAAGGAAGUACUGGUUCCAACAACAUACCCCUGGGAAAUAAACGCAGAUUUGGUGGUGAUGAACAAACUUCUAGACGCGACGAUACCAGUAGCCAGUCUCGCCCAAGUACUUCUGUCAAGAAUGACGAAGUCUACAAACGAGGUCGUAGCCCUGUCAGAUCAGAAGAACCUCCUGGAAAUGACGGAAGACGUCGGAAGAAGAGGAACCGAUGGGCUGAUGCCACUGAGAAUAAAGCAGCCGGUCUAAUGGGAUUACCAACCGCUAUUAUGGCUAACAUGACAAGCGAACAACUUGAGGCAUAUACUCUUCAUCUCAGAAUCGAAGAGAUCAGUCAAAAGUUGAGGAUCGAUGAUGUCGUGCCGGCAGAUGGUGAUAGAUCGCCGUCUCCUCCACCACAGUACGAUAAUUUUGGUCGCCGUGUUAAUACAAGAGAAUUUCGGUAUCGAAAGCGACUUGAGGAUGAGCGGCAUAAGCUUAUUGAGAAAGCUAUGAAAGUUAUUCCCAACUACCAUCCUCCUCAGGACUAUCGCCGUCCUACUAAGACACAGGAGAAAGUUUACGUGCCAGUCAAUGACUAUCCAGAAAUCAACUUCAUCGGGUUACUCAUCGGUCCACGUGGAAAUACCUUGAAGAAAAUGGAAACCGAGUCUGGCGCCAAAAUUGCUAUUCGCGGAAAGGGGUCCGUCAAAGAAGGAAAAGGUCGAUCUGAUGCAGCCCAUACAAGCAAUCAAGAGGAAGACUUACAUUGUCUAAUUAUGGCAGAGACAGAGGAAAAAGUCAACAAAGCAAAGAAACUUAUUCACACGAUCAUUGAAACUGCUGCCUCAAUACCCGAAGGACAAAAUGAGCUCAAAAGAAACCAACUUCGCGAGCUUGCAGCUCUCAACGGCACUCUGAGAGACGAUGAAAAUCAAGCUUGUCAAAAUUGUGGGCAAAUCGGUCACCGGAAAUAUGAUUGCCCUGAGCAACGCAAUUUUACUGCAAACAUAAUAUGUCGUAUUUGUGGCAAUGCCGGUCACAUGGCGCGAGACUGUAAUGACCGGCAACGUGGAGCAGACUGGCGUCAAACUCCUGGAGACACCGCGGGGGCACCUCCUGUAGCGGGACAAAUCGGUGCAGGCGACGCAGUAGAUCGAGAAUACGAACAACUUAUGCAAGAAUUAUCUGGUGGUCCGACGGGUGGAGAAGCCCCAAGGCGUAUCGAAGCCGGAUCAGGUGGAUUUGAGCAGCCUCCUAAUGAUGAUAUAAAGCCAUGGCAACGCGGCCCAACCGGAGCUGCUGCACCUUGGCAAAAACGUGACGAUAGGGGAUUUGAAGCUAGAGAUCCUGCAUCAGGCGGUGGAUCCGUGCCGUGGGGAAGAGAUCGUGCCCGAGGGGAUACCCAGGAUGGAGAAGGAUACUACAAUGGCCAAGCUGGAUAUCCUUCAACUGCUACCUCAACUGGAAAUGUUGCUCCUUGGGCCCAGCCUUCAGCUGGAUAUUCCCAACCAGGCGCUGCUGGGGUGUAUCCUGGCUAUAACGCACCCGGAUACUCCGGCGGAUACUCGGGUCACCAAGCCAUGGGAGCUCCGCCUGGUCUCAAUGCACCCCCCGGCUUAAGUGGACCGGGACUUGGAGCACUUUUGCAACAAUUCGCCGGAAGCCCUCCCCCUCCUCCACCUCCAGGGUCAGCUCCUCCACCGCCACCUCCAAGCGAUCAACCACCACCUCCACCACCACCCGGCAAUUAA